AGGCUCAGUCGGGGUUGAAAUCUGCCGGGGAGCAGAAAUCCUGCCGAACAGCAGGACGCGCCUGUGAUUUGUUAAGGAUUUUGUGAUGUUACCAUGAGUUUUUUCCUGACGAGUAUAUAUAGAUAUUAUGUAUUUCCGAAAAAGGGUUCAAUAUUUUUGUUUUCUAAAAGCAAUUGGUUGAAAUAGACUGGAGUUUUAAUAAUGAUAUCAAGAAGUGUCCCUUUUGUCCAGUGUCAUCAAGUCUGCCGGCAUUUUAUCAUAUCGGUUAACGACUAAAUCGGAAUGACAUAAGAGACAUUGAUUGACAGCUUCACUUUCUUCUUUUUCUUUUGCCGGACGACGUUUAAAAGAAAAAUGCAAGAAUCCAAACGGUUUUGGUGCGGCGUUAUCUAUUUUUGGUUGUGGAAUUGGUCUAUUUUUGGCGGGUACUUCUUAUUCUUCUGCCCAACGCUACCGCUAGUUAUUUUGUCACCAAUAUUGUACAGGAAAUGGACUGAUUUAGUAGUUACAUAUUGGCAGUUUUAUAUUACGACUUUACUCAAGGUGAUUUGGGGAUGCAAAAUAAGGGUGACCGGAGACCCGAUUCAUACGAACGAGACGGUUGUUUUGAUAUCGAAUCAUAGGACGAGGGUGGACUGGAAUUUCCUUUGGCCAGCCAUGUGGCACGCGGUGAAGGACGAGGGGAAAAUAGCAUACGGGACGAAGUACAUUUUGAAAGAAGCGAUCAAACAUAUUCCAGGAGCAGGAUGGGUGAUGCAGCUUUCUUUCUACUUGUUUAUAAACAGAAAUUGGGAACGAGAUCAGAAUAUAAUGAAGAGCUACGUUGACUACGUCGCUAUUCAUAAUUACAAACAUAUUAUGAUCAUAUUUCCGGAAGGUACAGAUUUGACAGCAAAAACUAAAGAAAGCAGCGAUAGAUACGCCGAAAAAAAUGGACUACCGAAAUAUAAACACGUCCUCCAUCCGCGUACAACAGGCUUUAUGUAUCUCAUCGAAGAAAUGCAAAAGAACAAAUGCGUCGAUGCUAUUUAUGAUGUUUCCCUUUUGUAUCCAGAUGCUUGUCCCCAAAACGAGAAAGAACUAUUUUUUACUGGGAGGUUUCCUAAAACUGUCUUGGUUCAUCUUGUCAGAUAUUCGGUAUUCGAUUUGCCGACCACCAAAGAAGGUUUGAAGAACUUCCUGGAACAACGCUGGGCGGAAAAAGAGAAAACCAUCCAAGAAUACAGAUCCACCGGCAGGUUCCUUCACGGGGACGUCCUCGACAGCGGUACCGCUCCUCUAUCUUACCUCUUUGCCUUUUUUUUUUGGCUGGUAGUACCGACUUUCUCCUUUGGACUGUUAUUCUUCUCCCGAACGUAUCGCUACAUCGCUCUUGUCCAUACUGCGUUGCUCUUGGGGUUGAGAUUCUUGCCAUCGGGCUGGCAAAAUUUUGAUGUGAUUGCUUUCAAGCUUAGAAGGGUAGUAUUCAGAUUUUUUUGGAAUAAAAAGAUUAAAUAAGAUAGGUAUUGAGUUUACUGUAUGUUUGAGGUUAUGUCAAUGGUAAUCACAAUGACUAAAGAACACAAGGACAUGUAACGCUCAUACACGGACUGCAGCAGAAUUUGUGACGUUAGACGCCAUUUUGUUGAUGGCAACAAAUGAGUCAUUAGCUGGUUGUCAGCGAUUUUUAAUAGUUUGUGUGUAGUGAACUUUGCAUAAACUUUAUUUAUUAUAAUGGUGAUUAGUUGUUCAGCUUUCAAGUGUAAAAGCCGCAGCGAUAAGAAAGAGCCAAGAGUUAUGUUUCAUUGGUAAAUAAACAGGCUACUCCACC